GUCUCUGUGAAACCAUUCUCCUCGCGCUCUCUUUUCUGUCCCGCUACACCCGCUCAACACCUUGCGCUCACCGCGCCUUCGGCUGGGGUCACUCAUUCCAAUUCUGACAUUCGCUCUUGGCGCUGAACAUGUCAAUCAUCGAUCUCAAACCCCACCUGCACUAUUGAAUCCAGCUCCUGAUCCAGCCUUGCUGAUCAGGUUAGUCGCGUGAGAACAAUGGCCCGUCCAUUUCAGCCUUACGAGCCCGAGCUACAAAAGCUCUCCUCCAACACAGAAAGUCCCAUGUCGCCAGUCCCGCGCGGAGAAACACCGGUAUCUUUCAAGCCUAAUGUCAACCGAGCAAAGACAAAACGCUGGGUAGAAGCGAAGAAGUAUUCGUACGAUGGAAACGACUGGGGCGACGAUGAGUACGGCGAGUAUGAUGACGAGGAGCCUCCACCGGUUCCGCAACACAACCUGAAUCAAAGCACCGGGGAUCUUCCGAGCAUGUUCAUGAGGGAUACCUCCCGACCGCCACUCCCUUCGAUGGAUCGAUCCCGAUCGAUGGACCAGGUCGCGACCCUUGGAGGAGAACCGAUUCGCGCUCAGCCUCCAGAAGCGACGGUCGUCGAGCCCGCUACACGGACCGUCCCAAUCGUUCGCCCGGUCGAUAUCUACAAGCGGAUGAGAUCCGAAGGCGCGGUGCCGCAGGAUCGCAACGUCGUUGCAUCAAGCGCAGCUUUUUCCAAUGCGACAGCGACUGUUCCAGGUCUGACAUCUGCCGAACUCCACUUACCAGCCAGCAACGAAGCACCGGCCGGGACAGGUGACUAUAAGCCUUUUCGACCGCAAGGCGCCGCGCCACAAAUCACUCACCAACCCGAGACAGCAGGAGGUAGCCCACCGACGAUUCAGCUUCCAGAUGUGGAGCGUCUUUCAAGCUUCGACCCGGACUUCUCGGGCGACUCGUAUUUCCCUGCUUCAGAAGCCCAAGGGCCAGAGCCCGAGCAACACCAGCUGCAGCACAACCCGUCCAUGGGAUUCGGUUCGGUGGUUCAUCAAGCCUUCGAUGUGCCUGACACUCCCAGUACGACGGUUGACAGCGUUGCACGGUCGAACAGCGAUAGUACCUCGGUGAUCAGUCCCAUCAUUCCGCAGCGAAGCCAGAGCGAUCUCAAAACACCCACGAUUCUGGAAGAGCCGGGCGAGAGAACACCCCCGCCCAAGGAUGCGAGUGAUCUAGUUUUUAAACCGGGUCAUCGUCGAGACAUUAGCCUUCCCAGUCCGAACAAUAGCCCCUCGAGGACCCCUAGGAUCACCAAUGUUCAAACCGCCCCUCCGUCCGCAGCAGGCGAGAUGUCUGUUGAGACGCCGGUCGCGUCUUCCUUAAAUUCACAUUCAGGCGAACAAACGCCGCAAGAAGGUCUUGCGCACGAAGCAGCACCCGGUCCUGAUCACCCUGCUCCUCUGAGUAUCGGGCCCCAUUCUGUGACAUCGGCCCCUGCGCUCACGCAUGAUGGAGUGCCUAUCAUUAUACCUUCCAUGAGCACCGACAAUUCGCCGCAAGACACGGAGAGUGACCGCCUGCGAAAGGAGAUCAUGCGGACACUGAGUCGCGAGACCACCCCCUCGAAGGAGCAAGAAGAAGAGGAGCCUGCGAGUCGGCCAGAGACUGAACGCCAGGACAGCCUCAUCCCUAGCGAAUACGAGAGGUAUUGGAGCGCUGCAGAGUCUACUACAGGCCCUGUAGCCCUUGACCAGUCGACCCCAGAUUACAUCGCCUCCCCGGUUGCCCUUCAGGGAUCCACCAUUCAGGAUGUGCCUCCUGCUGCCUCCGAGCCAAUCACAUCCCCUGCAUCAGAGUCUUCCAAGCCGAAAUUAGCACGGCGCUUCUCGUGGGAGUCGUCAUCAUCCUCCGAGGAGCCUGCGCCGGCAGCAGGUGUGCAGUCGCCUUCUGCUCCCAUGCCGGGACAGUUUCCUGCUAUACCGGCGGAAGCCAUCCCAGCGGAGACUAUCUCUCCCGAGGAGCCCAUCCACAAGGCCCCCGAGGAGAGCGACAGCUCCGUUGGGCCUGAAACCGAGAAGCCCAAACUAACCAUCCUGCCCCCGGUACCCGACGAUCGGAGCAUUAUCUCCGACGGCCAACUGCCCGAAGUGUACCAUCCCUACCAGCAGCACCAGCAGAUCCCGCAAUGGACGCCAACGGCCCCGGCCUCCGUCGAGCCGACCCUCCUAGGCUUCCGCGAGAUUCUGGGCAUGCAGACCCCCGAGGCCCGAACGCAGGCCUUCAACGACACGCGGGCCAAGUUCGCCACCAUCGACACGGGCCUUGCCCACUGGAUCCAGGUCACCGUGCACGCCCACCCGGAGCACGCGGACGUCGUCGACAAGAGCGCCAAGCUGGCCGCCGGCGGCGCCGUGCCGGCCAUCAGCGUGCCCCGCAAGAAGUUCCCCAAGCUCUCGUCGCUCGGCAACUUCGGGUCCUCCUCGCAGCUCGACGUGUCGUCGGGGAUGCCGUCGGGGUCUGGAAUUUCUGGAGGGGGUGGUGGCGGUGGCGGCCAUGCGCGCCGCCCGUCCGCCCCGCUCGGCGCCAUGAUGAAUAAACAGCAGGUCGAGCAGCGGGGCAAGGAGCUGCUGCACUCGGCCGGGGUGCUGGGCGGGAGGGCCGGCGAGGCGGCCAAGGGGCUGUUCGCGCGCGGCCGGAGUAAGCUGAAGGGCGGCGGGAUCGGGGGCCAUUCUGAGAAGGUAGAUUCUUGA